UGGUCAAAUGCAUGACUGCAAUUUGUUCCCCACUAUUAGCGCUGGUUUCGUAUAAAUACCCCCGGUCCCUCAAUAUUUUGUUACACAAGCCGUAUUGAAUUAUAACGUUAAUCAGUAUCCCCUACGAGAUAUUAACAUCGAUACCACUAGCAGUUUCCCCAGCAUUCAUAUAUACCGAAACUUCCCUAAACCUCCUAAUGUCCUCCCCUACUACUUUCAGGGGCUUUGCCGUCCACGACAACGCCAAGUGGUCCGAAACCAAGCUCAUCGAAUACACCCCUAAGCCGUUUGGUCCCCGCGAUAUCGACGUCGAGAUUGACGCUUGCAGUGUCUGUGGGUCAGACAUCCACACUGUGCGCGACGACUGGAAGAAGCCGAACAACGUGAUGCCAGUCAUUGUUGGCCACGAAAUCAUCGGGCGCGUUGUCCGUAUCGGAAGCGAGGCCACCACUGGGCUUAAACUUGGCGACAGAGUAGGCGUGGGCGCUCAGGCGUGGGCAUGUUUGGAGUGCGACUUGUGCAAGUCCGGCAACGAGACGUACUGCGACCGCCUUCGCCAUACGUACAACGCACGUUACGAUGACGGUAGCGAGACGCAGGGUGGUUAUGCGCUGCAUGUGCGCGUGCACGAGUACUUCGUCUUCAAGAUUCCUGCGGCGCUUGAGACCAACACUACAGCUCCAAUGCUCUGCGCAGGGAUCACGGUCUUUUCACCGUUGAAGCGUAACGGCUGUGGCAAGGGUUCCCGUGUAGGCGUCGUGGGCCUUGGGGGGUUGGGCUCCUUCGCCAUUAUGUUUGCCAAGGCAAUGGGUGCCGAGGUGUACGCGAUCUCGCGUAACGACAAGAAAAAGGAGGAUGCCUUCAAGUUAGGUGCAGACAAGUACAUCACUACCGACACGGCAGAUUGGAACAAGGACUACAAAUACGGCUUGGACUUGAUCAUCUGUACGGCCAACUCCACCGAAAACUUCGAUCUAAACAAGUACUUACAAUUGUUGACCGUUGGGGGCAAGUGGGUUAGCGUAGGGAUUCCUGACAAACCUUUCGAGGUCAGUCCACGCACGUUCAUGGGGAAUGCCUGUUUCAUGGGUGCCUCCCAUUUGGGUAGCAGACACGAGAUGCAGGAAAUGUUGCAGUUGGCCGCGGAUAAGAACUUGAAGGGCUGGGUUGAGACCUUGCCGAUCAGCGUUGCCGGGAUUAAGGAGGCGUUGGAACGUGCCCACAACAACGACGUGAGAUACAGAUUCACGUUGACUGACUUUGACAAGGCGUUUGGCGAGCAUGUCAAGUUGUAGUUACCAGAAUCAUAGCUCUAAAUAUAAAAUGAGUAAAGGAUGACGUAGAAUUGUAUAAGGUAUUGCAU